UGUGGAAAACAGCUCGGAAGCAAGCUCAGGAUCAGACAUGGAAGAAGAUGGGUCAUUGAACAGUGGAGCAGACAACGAUGAGGCCACUCCAGGCGAAGACCAAUCAUUGAAUGAUGACGAAGUAGAGGGCGAUUGGUUCGAAUGGGGGGGGGCCGCCACAUGGUUCCUGCAGAUUUCGAAUGGCCACAGAAAGUAUCAGUCAGAAACAUGAUGACGUAUUGGUAUCAAGGGCGGAUUAGAAGCAUUGAUGGAAGGGUACAAAGAAUCAGACCAUUUUAUAACUUUUACAAACUGAAUUUGAGGCAUGACUUGAAAACGAAACCCAGCAGGAGGAAUCUUUACAAAGCAAGGUGCGUGAUGAUGGAGAUAGAGAAGAUUUGCCGGGAGAACGGAACGAUUGGUGAACAAGGCGAGAUACGGGCAGACAACAUCCAGGAAUGUUACGACAAAGCCUUUCAUGUGCUGGUUGAGAGAGCAUACGGGAAGUCGGCAUGGCAGAGGCGUGAACUCAAGCACAGAUAUGAACAGCUGAGUUACAUCACGUUUUGCAACAAGUUACACUUGGAGAAGGAUAGGACGACAGCUCGACCUGAACACACACAAGACUCCAUGGAGUCUUCAGAUGAGAGUAGGGAAAGAACGACAUAUGCUGCAGCAUUGUUGAAAGACUUAUGACAGUGGGAUGGGAAUGAAGAUGAACAUAUGUUUC